CUUCCCGACGUCCCUAAAUGCCUGACUUCACACACCUCGUGAACUUCAAUACACCGUGGCUAAUGGAAGGGGACGAAACUGGUUGAAAUUUUCAGCCUCCAAAAGACGCCUGAUUGUGAUUUCAAUACACUUGAGUAUACAGAUUUUUAACUGGACUCCAGGGUCUCUUUGAGAGGUCACAGCCAGAAUGGCUCUCCCUGGUAAUUACAAACAAGUCGCACUCUCAGCUUCUAGUAUGGUGGCUACAAAUCAACGUUUGAGGGCUUCUGGAGGAGGCGGAGGAGGAUCUGGGGGAAAUAAAGAUUCUGGAAGUCCAUUCAUCCAGACUCCUCAUGGUCAUCCUGGAUUCACUCCUCAGAAAGUUGGAAAAAAUGCUGCGGCUGACCCACGACUCCCAAAGCCGCCGAAGCCCCCAGAGAAACCCCUAAUGCCGUACAUGAGAUACAGUCGCAAAGUAUGGGACCAAGUGAAGGCCCAGAACCCCGAACUAAAGCUCUGGGAGAUCGGCAAGAUAAUCGGCCAGAUGUGGCGUGAUCUACCCGAGGAUGAGAAAAUCGAUUUUAUCGAUGAGUACGAGACGGAAAAAGUUGAGUACGAAAAAUCUCUGAAGACGUAUCACAAUUCUCCAGCCUAUCUGGCCUACAUAGCUGCCAAGAAUCGUGGGAAAUCCGCCAUAUGCGUCACGAACUCCAGCUCUGACGAUCGCGAGACCCACGACCGCUCCUCCGGAGGUAAUAAGAAUCAACAGGCCCAAGACAGACGCAUAGACAUUCUCCCAGCAGAGGACGACGAUGAUCAGGAUGAUGGUUAUUCUGUGAAGCACGUGGCAUACUCGCGAUACACACGUAACCACCGACUGAUAAAUGAGAUUUUCAGUGACACGGUUGUUCCAGACGUGCGUUCAGUGGUUACCACUCAGAGAAUGCAAGUCCUGAGGCGACAGGUUCAGUCGUUAACGAUGCACCAGAAAAAAUUGGAGGCUGAACUGCAGCAGAUCGAGGAGAAAUUCGAGGCGAAAAAAAGAAAAUUCAUUGAGACGAGUGAGAUCUUCCAGGAGGAAUUGAAGAAACACUGUAAGCCAGCUGUUGACGAGGAUACAUUCAACAAGAUGGUGGAGCGUCAGUACGAGUUACUGCGUCGUGAGAGGGUCAAAGGGGCUGAGGAAAAUCGCCCGGAAACAGGAUCAAACGACUCAACUCCAACAUCAACACCAACUCCUGCCUCAGUGAACGAGGAGCCAACACCAAUAGAGAUAUCAGAGAACAGUGAAGGAGAUAAGAAGACGCCAGAGCCUGAGAAAAUCGACAUCAAGAAGGAUAGUCCAUCACCUCCCUACGUUGAGAGUAAAUCAGAUUCUCCGACCCAGAGUAUCCAGGGCCCCCAGGUGACUACGAAUAGCAGCAGCAAGACAAGUGAUGGAAAUACGAGUCCCUCUGCUCCAGCUCCUUCAGGAUCUGUGAUUAAUACCACCACAACAUCCGUCAAUAGUGCCUCAAGCACCCCAACAACAUCCCCAAAUGACAAUGGCAAUGGUAUUAAUCCAGCAGGAGCUGCACCAGAGAAUACAAGUCCUAGUGCUGUCAUUAAUCCCACUAAUGGGAAUAAUUCUGGCCCAAUGUACUCCGCAGCAGUGAGCCCCAUUCACCAUCAGCUGUCCCCACAGGCUCACCCAGUGAAUCAAAUUUCCAUGGCCCAACAUCAGGGACAACAUCAAGGGCCCCAUGUAACUAAUCCCCACCAAAUGCAGCCUUCGAGUCAGACUCCAGCCCCCCUGCACCAGGCACCUCAGCAUCCUCAAGGCCAGCACCAGGGGCCCCACCCAGGCCCCCAGAAUCAGCACCAGCACCCUCACCACCUUCCCCACCAGGGCCCAAGUCAUCCUGGCCCUACUCAGCAUCAGCAGAUGCCACCCGCUCCACCACCAUCGCAAUCACCAUCUCCACACUCUCAGGGGCCUCCAACACCUCAGUAUCCACCACCUGUUAACCCCCCAACUACUCCCCCCACAUCAUCACCAGCACCAAUUUCCCAUAAUCCUCACUCUUCGUCGUCUUCUCAUCCCCAGGCACCCAACCCUCCAUCGACUCCACCAUCUUCAUCACCAGUGCCCUCGAUACCCCAUAAUCCCCAUCCUCCAGCAGGCAUGAUGUCCAAUCAUCUACCACCUCAUCAAGCACCUCAAGGACCUCCGGUCAUGCAGGCUCAAGGUCCGGGGCCCAUGAUACCGCCAGGGCAAGCGUAUUCUCAGCAGUAUCCACCUGGAAAUCAACCACAGACCCAGAAUGUGCCUCUAGCACCAAGACCUCCUCAUCCUUCUUAUGGGUAUGGACAACAACAACCCUACCAUCAGCCCUAUCCUCAGUACUCGCAUCCGUAUUAUCAUCAGCCUUAUGCACAAUAUCCACCACAUGGUAUGGGACGACCUCAUCAUAGUCCUCAUAGCCCUCACAGUCCACAUUCUCCCUAUCAUCCGCAAUCCCCGCAUUCGGUGGGCGAAGGGAAUCCUCCGGGGAAUCCCCCGAAUGCUGAGGGCGGGGGAGCUAAUUAUCCUCCCGGACCCGUACAUGAGCCAGAACGAGGCCAGUCCCAGGAGGGACAGGGCGAGGGCCAAGGAGAGGCCAAACCUGGCGGGCAUUGAGGGAAGCUUCCAGAUAUGAAUGAAUUUUUUUUGAAUUUUUUAGUAAUUGUGAUUGGGCGGGGAGGGAAUGGAUUGAAAUGGGUUUUUUCCGGGAUUGAUGAAAAUUUCAAAGGGAAGAUAUUUCCCUUUAGAGUAUUUUAAGAAAAUCCUGGAAGUUGUUGGAUUACUGAAAUAUGAACGAACCUUAAGUAACGGACAAUGAAGUAGUAUUGUACAAUCAUUUCAUCCAAUUUCCAUCCAUUCCCAACUUUUUUGAAUAAUAUCAUUGAUAGGUUUUUCUUUACUACAGAAAAUAAAACUGCAAUUGAUAACGAAAACUAAA